AGAUCUCUCAUUUGCAGUUUGAAGCUCGUUUUAAACAGUUCAGCGUAUUUCUGUCGGUUAUACAUUUAAAAAAAUGAAUACAGUAAUUUUCAUAUGUUUAGUACAAAUUUUUAAUUUAGUACAAAGUUCUGUGAUACUAGAUAAUAAUAAAUAUGAAAUUGAAAAUUUACCAGAAGUUAAUGGUGAUAAAUUUUAUUACUUCGGUUAUGGCAGUAAUAUGUUGACCAAACGUAUUCAUAUACAAAAUCCCACAGCUGUAAAAAUAGGAGCAGGAGUUCUAAAUAACUAUCGUUUGGAUUUCAAUUUUGUCUCCAACAGAUGGCAGGGUUCUGCUGCCACCGUGGUGGAACAUUUAAAUCGUACUGUGCAAGGCACCCUAUGGGAAAUUGACUUAACAAAUAUGGAUGACAUAGACAAUCAAGAAGGUGUCCAUCUAAACAUCUACAAACCCUUAAGUGUUCCUGUACGCCAGUUAAGUAAUAACAAAACUCUAACAGCUCGUGUUUAUCUUUUAGUUAAACAGCCUGUUACUGACCUAGAAGAAUUGGAACGUGAUUCCAUACCCCUAGAAAGACAACCUUCAAAAACAUAUCUACAGUGUUUGGUUAAAGGUGCCAUAGAGUCGGGCAUUGAAGAACACUACAUUAAGUGGUUAAAAUCUAUUAAGCAUAAUGGUAAAGUGGCGGAGCAAUUAGAAAAUGAUUUGGAAUUAAAAGAUGUUGAAUUAGAUUCUUAAGAUAAGAAAGAAAAUAAAGUAAUAGAAUUUA